AUAAAAAAUAGCCCAAUCAGACAUCAGUUGGCUUAAACAGAUGGGAAGGUAGGCAAACGGGAAACAGGAAACUCAAUUCUCAUACAGCUUCUUUUUCUUGCCUCGAAGUACUUCGCCUUUCGCAAAGUCUCUUUCUUUAUAUCUAGACACUCCUAAUUCUUUUCACCUGCCUCUCGCUCUCUUCUUCUUUUCAAAACCUGUUUUUGUUGUUCAAACAACCAAAUUCACUUCAUUUCAUUUGCAGUGCGUAAGACCAUAGAAUUUCAGGAUUCGUUUGUAUUUUGUGGGGUCCAUGAAUCCAUGCCCCCACCACCAUUCUCGUCCACCUUCUUGACAAUGUUGUAUGGGGUUUCACCAAAACUCACCUCCAACAACCACAUCACCAACAACCCUUCUCUUUCUUUCUCAUGAUUUCUUUCUCUGCUCAGUUUUUUUCCUUUUAUAUGCAUUUACAUUGUGAAAGUUGAGAUUUUUUUAAUUGUCUCCCAUGGCUUUGAGGGCUGUUGGAGACUUCUGGGUUAGCCCAAUAAAGCCUCUUUCAAUUGUGGGCGGGUCAGAUUUGGUGCAUAGCCGAUGUGGGUUUAGCUUGAAUUUGAGGUGCAAUCGAGAUUUUGAUAGGUUCCCAGAGCGGGAAUGUUGUCGGUUGGCUGUUUUGGCUCAGAGAGCUAUCACUCCUGUUGAAGAUGAGAAGCCCUUCAGCCAUGAGGUAGAGCCCUCUGGGGCAAUUGAUAAGGUUCAGGACAAUGCGUCCAGCGUCUUUCAUAAGGAUUUGAACCUUCUUCCUAAACCAUUAUCGGCAACAGAUCUUUCUGCAUCUCAUGAUGACAACAUAAAAGUUCGGGUUGCUUAUCAGGGAAUGGCAGGUGCAUAUAGUGAGGCUGCUGCACUAAAAGCAUACCCCAAGUGUGAAACUGUCCCAUGUGAACAUUUUGAAGCUGCAUUCAAGGCCGUUGAACUCUGGUUAGUGGAUAAAGCAGUCCUUCCCAUUGAGAAUUCAGUUGGUGGCAGCAUCCACCGUAAUUAUGAUUUACUCCUUCGCCAUAGGCUGCAUAUAGUAGGAGAGGUGCAGAUGGUAGUCAACCAUUGCCUGUUAGGAUUGCCUGGUGUACAAAAGGAGGAGUUAAAACGUGUUUUGAGCCACCCCCAGGCCCUUUCCCACUGUGAGAUGAUAUUGAGCGACUUAGGUGUUGUAAAAGUUAGCACUGAUGAUACAGCUGGUGCUGCUCAGAUGGUAUCUAUUUGUGGCAUCAGAGAAACUGGUGCCAUUGCAAGUGCUCGAGCAGCAGAAAUCUAUGGUCUUGACAUUCUUGCAGAAAAAAUCCAGGAUGAUGACGAUAACUUAACCCGCUUUUUGAUACUCGCAAGAGAACCUAUAAUUCCAGGAACUGACAGACCCUAUAAGACAAGCAUUGUCUUCACCCUUGAAGAAGGUCCUGGUGUUCUGUUCAAAGCACUGGCAGUGUUUGCUUUGAGGGGUAUUAAUUUGUCAAAGAUAGAGAGUCGUCCACAAAGAAAUCGUCCUUUAAGAGUUGUUGAUGAUUCUAACAAGGGGAGUGCCAAGUACUUUGGCUACCUUUUCUAUAUUGACUUUGAAGCUUCCAUGGCAGAACCUCGUGCUCAAAAUGCAUUGGGACAUUUGCAGCAUGGAUGGAGCCUUAUCUCUUGAAUCUUGGUCUUGAUACGGGACAAGGAAUUGUUAAUUUGAAGUGCAUUAUGUUCUAGAUCUGGCGUUCUAACUGUAAUCUGUAUUUUUUUUUUUUCCUUUUUUGGUCUGCAUAUCUUUUGCUUGUGGACCACCUAAUAAACUCUGCGGUCCUUAAUAAUUUACACCCUUAUGUUGGCCUUGUAUAAUACUUGGAAUAUUGCAACAAAUCAUUGCUGCCACAAAUUUAAAACACUAUAUUGCGUUUAGAGAAGUUAGUUUGCAUUUACUGCAGAUUUAAUUGAAAUUCGGACCAGAAGAAUCACAAGAACUGUUUUUGAAUGAGAAAAGUCCAGGAAUUUUUUUUUAAUUUUUUUU